AAUCGUGACUCGAUGACGCUCGAUAAAGGGCUAAAACCGCGUCGAAGACCGUCGCUCUCAUUGCCGGUUGUGAACGGUACAAAAAGUGAAUCCUUGAAUAUCAUCAACGCAACUGAGUCGACUCGGAAUGGCAACAAUGAGAAUAAAGUUCCACGUAUGCUAAAACCGCAACAGCAACACCAUCUACCGAACAGUGCCAGCACCAAUUGCAAUAACAAACCUAAUCAAAACAAUAAUUACCGUCACGCUGUCGCAAGUGGCGAAGGACAAUUACCGGAUGCUAACGGAACCGUAGGGAUGGAGGCUGUUCCACAAAUUAAAAUCGUUAUUGAUGAUACCGAGCUGGUUCGUCGACGUGGAGAUAACGGCCCUAUGAUAGCUAUAAAGGAUGCCGCAGAUGGAACGAAUGAGGGGGUGGUGUCCUCGCCAAGUUUGCUCACUCCCAGUAGUCCACCGGCAUCGUUCUGGGGCUUCGGGUUUGGCAAUGGGGACACGGCUGGGAAUGACGAUAGUGACGAUGAAAUAAGUUACGCGGUCGAAUACGAACUGGACGAAAUGAGUGGAGUGGGAAACGAUGACGAUGAGUAUAGUGUGCUGGAUGGGGAUCAUCAUCAGCAUCGGCAUCAUCAUGAUUUGCACCGCCAUCAUCUUCAUCAUCACAUGCAGGAAGAUGAGCAGGACGACGAUGAUGAGGAGGACUACGAUGUGUACAGAAGCGCGUGCAAACUAUCGGACAAAAAUAGGGCCGACCGGCUUGCGCGUCCACGAAUGUCACUGCUGGGGAAGCCGCUCAACUAUAACCGCGGCUCACGACGUGAUGCCCGUUAUAGGCGGCUGCAGAGCAGAGUCUACAACUUUCUGGAACGACCGCGGGGCUUCAGAGCGAUUUUCUACCAUGUACUUGUAUUCUUCAUGGUGUUCACAUGUUUGGCCUUAAGUGUCUUCUCAACUAUUCAGGAAUACGAGGAACAAGCAAUCGCCAUCUUAUUCGUCAUGGAAAUUAUCGUAGUUAUAUGGUUUUCGAUCGAGUUCUUCCUACGACUAUGGUCAUCAGGAUGCCGGUCACGAUAUCAAGGAGCCGUCGGAAGGCUGAAAUUUUUGAAACGGCCUUUUUGUAUCAUAGACAUAGUUACGAUAAUAGCAUCGAUAGUGGUACUCGUGAUGGGAACAUCCGGCCAGGUCUUUGCUACGAGUGCAUUGCGUGGCCUACGGUUCUUCCAGAUCCUGCGCAUGGUGCGGAUGGACCGACGUGGAGGAACGUGGAAACUGCUAGGGAGCGUCGUUUAUGCUCAUAGACAAGAACUAAUAACAACAUUGUACAUAGGAUUCCUGGGCCUUAUUUUUGCCUCGUUUUUAGUAUAUUUAAUGGAGAAGGAUGUGAAGGAAACAAAAUUCAAUAACUUUGCUCAAGCCUUGUGGUGGGGUGUGAUAACGCUGUGCACCGUCGGAUACGGCGAUAUGGUACCGGAAACGUGGCAAGGGAAAAUCAUUGCCUCGUUUUGCGCCUUACUCGGAAUCUCGUUCUUUGCCCUGCCAGCGGGCAUCCUCGGUAGCGGUUUCGCCUUGAAAGUACAACAACAGCAACGGCAGAAGCACAUGAUUCGCCGCCGUCAGCCAGCUGCCACGUUGAUCCAAUCGCUCUGGAGAUGCUACGCAGCAGACGAACACUCGCUUUCGGAAGCGACGUGGAAAAUUCACCAAGUACCUCUUCCAAGUCCGCCGCCAUCAUCCAAACUGGAAGCAGCGGAAAAGUUGGCAGCAGCUUCUGCCGCCGCGCGGGCGUCUUCGAGCUUCAAGCACAACGCUUCGUUUGUGGCCCGGCUUCCAACAAUUCGGCGACACAAGAGCCAAUCGCUGCACUCCCCAGGCAAUGCGAAACCCCCGGGAGGCAGUGGAGGAACCAGCGGAGGGGGCAGCGCCAGAGCCGGAAGGUGCCCACGGGUGACGGACAUCAACGCUUCCUCGGAAAACCUGGAAGUAACCAACAACGGUAGACCCAUGAACCCCAGUCUCAGCGAAGACUCGGUUGCGGAAACAGCACUGUCCAAGAAAAAUUCCGAUGCCGGUCUGGAGAUGACGUCUAUGUCGUCGAUCCCCGGUACGACUGCUGUCAACGAUCUGGUCCCUGGGCGGGGCUUCCUAUCCACGGUGAGCCUCUGUCAGUCUACGUCACGUCGGAGCAGCUUCGUCUGUGGAAUAUUCUCGUCGAGUGGUGGCCAACAGCGUCGGGGAAGUGCCAACGAAAACAGCACCCUUAUCGGUCACGGAUCGGGAGUUCCUAACAGUAACGUGUUUUGCUCAGAUGAUAAUUAUAGUAAAGAGGGCGUUGAUCCCAACGUUCCGACUAUGCUAAGAUUUGGCGGGGCCUCUGCGCUUCCGAUACUGCUCUGUGGCCAAUUGCGCCCAGAUCUGCUCGCCCAACAGGAAUCAAACAGACAAUUAGCAUUUUUCACACGACCAAGUUCUGACUCUCUGAAUUAUCGGCUCGUUAGCACUCGCAAUGAAGACGAGGAACCGAGGUGUGUACAGCUGACAAAUCAGCACAAGGGGGCCAUCCGAUUCAUCCGAAAGAUGAAGUACUUUGUCGCGCGACGAAAGUUUAAAGAGGCCUUAAAACCGUACGACGUGAAAGACGUCAUGGAACAGUACGCAGCCGGACACGUCGAUCUGCUCGGCCGAGUGAAGAAUGUUCAAACUAGGUUAGACCAAAUUCUUGGCAAACAAGGAUCAAAAUCAAAAGAUGUGUAUGCAUCGAAAAUUAGCUUAGCUUCUCGUGUAGUGAAAAUUGAAAGACAAGUUGACGAUAUAGAGACAAAGGUAGAUACGUUUAUAGAGUUAUACAUGCAGGAUCGGAAGCGCCUUUUAUCACUUCCACUCCAUCCUGACACAUCACAUUCCAACAAUCCAAACCUUCCAUCGUUGCCACCGAAAGGGGGCGGAGCAGCGGCUGUAAUCACGUCUGUGACAAGUAGUUCUAGUGGUUCGUUAAAACCAAAACCUAUUUUAAUAGAUAAACAAUUUUCGGAGCCGAAUUCACCGAUCGCGAAAACAUUCGAAGAGCCAAUACAGCAGAAACGUCCACCAAUGCAACGCGGAUACUCCGACCUGGGACAUAGGAUUAAGAAGCGGGUAACUUUAAGCUCCAUACCACCGCAGUACGUGGGAAACAGCAGCGGUCAAUCUAAAGAUCGAGGUGAUGUCGUAAUCGUAGUUCCUAAUAUCGAUUCCGACCAGCUGGAGCCGGUUGGCAUCGAAGAUUUAGCAUCCGUCUGCAUCGAUACCGAGAUCGAAAUCGAGCCCGGCAGUCCAAAAACCAUUACGGAAAGUUCGAUAAUCAUGAUGGACGAGGAAGAUGACGAGGACGACGAAGAAGAGGACAUCGAAGAGGAAGAACUGGACAUUGGGGGUGAAAUUGAUUCACCGCCUUGGGAUAUGUACGGCGAGCUGGAUGUCGAGGACCAGGACGAAACUACGGAGAACACCGCGCUGCUGCGAGCGGCUGCCAAAACCGAGAUCAUCGUAACGCCCAUCAGUCCGGUCAGUUCUGCGUAUGAGCUCAACCGAAUGGAUAGCGACGACUACAAACGAUCGCGCCUGGGUGUCGCGAUGGGAUCCGGUAGCACUGCCAACACCAACGGCCAAGCCACAACCCCAAACAACAACGGCAGUGGUGACCGCCAACAACUCUCUGCAGGAACGUCAUCCGGAAGCGGCACCACUACGAUGGAUUCACUAAAACCGGAAAUGACCCCCCAGCAGCAGCAGCACCGAAGUCUCGCCUCCGAAGACAUAUGAGAAUGGCUGAAACUGUCCCCAAUGGUCCCAUUUUGUUUAGGCGGUCACAGCUGCUGCUGCUGCUACUGCUUCAACCGAUAUCACUUCCCAUUCCAUUUCCUGUUCUGUUACGUUUUCCGAGAUGUUUCAAGACUGGUGCUAGUACUGCAGAUGAUUUCCGUCUGCUGGACGCCAACACUGACCGCCGUAAUCGUAGCGAUACGCCCACAAAUCUUAGCCGUUGACGAGUGCACGUGGAUCGCGAUUCCGACAAAUAGACAUCAGCAGCAAGAUUAGCCUCAGCUUCGUAGAUACUGGUACUAGACGGCACUAGAGUACGAUCAUAGUUUUAGUCAAAUUAGUGUGGUAGGAUUUUUUGAUAUUUAAGGUGAAGAUGAA